GUACCCAACCAGCCCAUUGACCUCAUCUUGGAGCAAGGCAUCUGGGACAUGUGCAGAGAGCAGCAGAGCAACCAUGACCGCCUCUGCGGGCAGGCUGAUGAGCUGGGCUACUUCGAGCAGGUGCCCGUGCGGGUGGCCCGAGGGCUGAUGCCCACCUCGCUGGUGCUUACCCUCCUGGGCUUGGUGGUGGCUGCCCUGGGGGUUCGCUGCUGGCAGAAGGAGCCACUGUGGGCACUGCCCGCACCGGCUGGCAGCACGCUGGUUGUAGGCUACAGCUUGGUGCUGAGCUACUUGGGAAGCUGUCUGGAGAUUUUGGGGGGGCUGGCCCUCGCCCUCAGCUUCCACCACUGCUGCAAGGAGCGCAGGGCCCCCAAACUGCCCCCCAGCCCUGUGCUGGAGGCUGGGCCAUGCUCCAUCACUGGGGCUUACCGCAAUCCCUGGGACGUGCUGGAGGACGAGCGAGACGGACGACACGGGAGGAGCACCCUGCCUUGUGACUCCGACUUGUAG